AUGGAAAGCAUUAUGGCGAUGUUGGUAGCUGAGACAGAAAGCAGGGAGGGCACACAGGAGAUGAUGGAGGUUGAGAGGAGGAUUGAGUCUGAAGAGUUGGGAGAUGAUGGAGGGAAGAAGCAAACGGUUUGCAUAGUACAGAGUUUGAGGGAUGAACAGAAUGGCGAGAAUGCAACAGCUGAAGCCGAGACGCCAGUGGAUAUGGAGACGAUUAGCCUGGAUCCGGAAGCAGAGGAUGUUGAUCUGAAUCACUUCCGAAUUGGCAAGAUUGAAGUGUUUGAGGUGCUCAAGAAAGUGAAGACUCUUUGUCUCCGUCAGAACUUGAUUAAGUGCAUUGAAGUAAUUGAGUUGCAAAGUCUCAAACUGGAUCUCUAUGACAAUCAGAUUCGAAAGAUUGAGAACUUGGAGGCCCUGACAGAACUUGAGGUCCUGGAUAUUUCGUUUAACAUUCUACGACACAUUGAGGGGCUGGACCAGCUCACCCAGUUAAAGAAACUCUUCCUUGUGAACAAUAAAAUCAGCAAAAUUGGGAAUCUAAGCAACUUACAGCAAUUACAGAUGUUAGAGCUGGGAUCUAAUCGAAUCAGGGCAAUUCAGAAUAUCGAUACGUUCACUAAUCUGGACAGCAUGUUUCUGGGAAAGAACAAAAUCACCAAGCUUCAGAACCUGGAUGCAUUGACAAACUUAACAGUGCUUAGUAUACAGAGCAACCGGUUGUCCAAGAUUGAAGGGCUGCAGAAUUUGGGGAACUUGAGGGAGCUGUACCUUAGCCAUAAUGGCAUAGAAGUCAUUGAAGGGCUGGAAAACAAUAAUAAAUUGACAAUGCUGGACAUUGCGGCCAACAGGAUCAAAAAGAUUGAAAAUUACCCAUCUAACGGGGAGCUCCAAGAAUUUUGGAUGAACGAUAACCUCAUUGAGUGUUGGAGCGACUUGGAUGAGCUGAAAGGAGCCAAGAACUUGGAAACAGUAUACCUGGAGCGAAACCCAUUGCAAAAAGAUCCCCAGUACCAGUGCAAAAUCAUGCUGGCCCUUCCAUCUUUCCAGCAGAUUGAUGCCACCUUUGUCCUGUUCUGAACCCUCUCCAGUCCCUUACCUUCUCCCUC